UUUAACCCUCUUCCACAAGGAAACUGAAUCCCUAUUCCCUUCUAAUAUUUGGGGGUGUUUUUUCGUCAGAUACACACACACACAGAGUUAUAUGUAUAGUUCCAUCCAAUUGCAUCCUUUGAACAAUCUCAUUGAAUCUCUUCUUAGGGUUUUGUCUGUUUUACAAUUUAUUAUUCCGUAAUAAUCUCUGGUUAUGGCUGAUGAGUUUGCUUCUCAAGUCUGUUCUUGUGAUUCUGAAACACGAGAAAAGAGAUCGGAAGUAGAUGUAAUCCCUAACGACGAGAAGUUUGCUUCUCAAGUCUGUUCUUCUGAUUCUGAAACACGAGAAAAGAGAUCGGAAGUAGAUGUAAACCCUAGCAACGAGAAGGAGAAAAAUCAGUGGUUUGAUGAUGAUGAUGAUGAUGAUGGCUGCUUGACCCAUGACCAGUUAACCAUCUACUAUCAAAUGGUUCGCGACAGCCAAGGGUUUGAUGUUCCAGACUUUCCCCCUAGCGAAGAUUUUGGUCGAAUUAUGCCAAUUACAGAUCUCAAUAACGACCUUGAGAUGUUCGAGAUUACCAGAGACCUCUCAUGUUUAGCAAUUGAGGAAUACAAUGUCAAUAACGGUACAAAAUACAAGUUUGAUCACGUUGAGAAGGCUAACCUUGUAGGUGUUGCUGGUUACAUCUUCUACAUUACUUUUGAGGCCAAGGAUGGUGAUGAUGAUGAUGAUCACUCUAAAACUUUUCAAACUAGGGUUUUCAGGGGAUUUCGAGGAGAUGUUGAGGUCUUCUCUUGUGACCCAAAACCUACCUAAUCAG